GGAGGUUGUGAGGACGGUGGAGGAGGGGUGGUGGGAGGUGGAGGUGGGCGUGUGCUGAUGGGCGGGGGACAAAAUGCGGGGAUGGGAGCAGCAUUAGUCUCGGGGACCGACGGAGGUGGACGAGAGAAGGGAGGCGUGUCCUCGGGGAUGGGGGAAGGCGAGCGUGGCUGUGUGCUCUGUGACAUGGAUGACUCUCGGGUGGGUAUCGGAGGAGGGGUGGGCGAUUUCUUCUCCACUCGUGGCGCCACAACGGGCGAGUUUUCCGCGCCAACUCCGUGGGGUUUCACAGGAGGCGGCCUAGUCCCAGUCUUUGGAGCAAUGGCUGGUUUAGAUCCUGCCUCUGCAAACAUCUUGGCCUUUGCGAGCACGCCUGCGCUCUGGGUGGGCGGUGACGCGCCACUCGCCUGCUUCUCCGACUCAGCGGAGUCGUUUGUCUUUGGUGUGGGGACGGGACGAGUUUUUCUUGGGGAAGUGGGAGGCGGCUGAUCAGAAGGGGGUUUGGGUCCAGGGGCUAAUUGCGGUGGUUUUGUGGCUGGUUUCGGAGCCAUUGGAGGUGGUUUAGCAGCUGGUUUGGGUACGAUGUGAGGUUUCUCUGCAAUACCGCUGCCCGGGGCAGUCUUGGCCAGUUGCUGCUGUCUUUCCCUCUGCUUCAGCCAGGGAGGCUUGUUGUCGUCACCGGUGGGCGAGCUACGACCGUCUGGACCGGAUCCGUUUGCCACCGGUGGCUUCGACGGAGCGGUCGGUGGAGCUCGAGCUCGAGACUCUGUCGCGGGUUCUUCGUUCUCGACCUUUCGUUUGACCCAGGGAGGCGUGCUCCCCUCUCCACCCUCCUUCCUUGCUUCCUUUGGUGGCGGUGGGACUUUUGGCUUGCGGAGCUGGUUAGCCCACGGCGCCACGUGAGCGUUAUCGUCGUCUUUCUUCUCGCCAAUCUUGGUCUCCAAAUCCAUAAUGGCCGAAGUGCUCCCUGUCCUCUGUCUGGCCCUCUUCAUAAUCUCAGAUAUGUCUAUUCCUCCUCCGCCUCCUCCUGCUUUGGCUUUGACAGCUGGUGGCGGCUUUCCAGGCUUUCCGGGUUUCAUUGUUGUCGCUUUGGUCUGUUUUAUCGGUUUCUGGAGGUUGUUGCUGGGCUGGUUUCUAGUGAGAGAUGUUGCCAUGGCGCGAGUCGGGAUGGGCGGAACGUUGGAUGGCGGUAGAGGCGGGGCCUUGUGGGCGGGGCUUGGGAACGAGGGGAUGGGGGUGGAGGGAAGGGGAGGAGGUGAGAUGGGUGCAUCGUUGAAGGCAGAAUCAGGGAGAUCUUCGUAUAUAUCUUCCACGGCAUCAUCUGCUAGCUCUAGCUCUUCAUACAGUUCUUGGUCAGGCUCAGCCAUUUCUCUCUCUCUGGACAGCUGAUCUUUCUUCUCGCAGCUCUUUACUUGCAACAACGGUCUCUGAAAAAAGCCCAAAGCUAAUUCGGUUCAGCUGUGCAGAUCUACAAGCUCCUCAACAACCGCAAUAAUCAUCAACUAAUCAUAACAUUCUUUCUAAAUAAUCGAAAGAAAUAUCAAACAGCUGAAAGAUGGAGCUCAAUGCGCAUGCGCGAGUAAUGUCGACUGUACAGCAAGCCGAGGCGCUGUUUAGGCAGCAACUGGAGCACUGCAGGAAGCUCUCGGAGCAGCAUCCGCGAGAUGAUGUGGUUUCUAAGGCGCUGGGAUCAGCCGAGAAUGCCAUGACCCAACUGAAAAGGUGUGACUUAAGCGCCUUGCUGGUCUCUGGUCCUGCCAGAGAAGCAUUUCGAAACUAUACUCAGAGUGUCCUUGACUCCACGUACCAUCAGGAAUGUCGGGUGGUCGAAGGGGGUUUCCCUGAUGAUGUCGCAAAACACGAAAUGUCUGCCAUCAUAGACUCCAUCAGUGGAGCAGUCUCACUGUGUGGAUCAGUGGAAAAUGUGCACCCAGUGCUGGGUACUGAUCAAUUUGAGUGUGUUAAUUGGAGGGUGGGGGCCCUCCUGUACAUGUACGUCCAUGAGUUGAUGGCCUCUGAGCAGAGACGACAGGCUGCAGAUAAUGCUUUCAUCAAAGAGUGUUGUGUGUUGGGUGUGUGUCACCUGGCCCUGAUGCUAUCUUCCAGAGCUCCUCUGAAUCCCAGGGAAGACUUCUCCUCCAAUGAUGCCACCUUACCACAGUUGCUCCAGGAAGGUCUCUUCAGUGAUAUCCACAUGCUAGCACUGAUGUACUCGGGAGAGCUGUGCUACUGGGCGUGGGAGAUAGAGGGAAGUGAGUUGAGGACAAGAGAAAAGGUUGCUCAGACUGGUGUCGACAGAGGACCUAAGGAAGAGGAGAGGGAGAGAAAGACAAACAGCAAAACUUCUUCAAAGUGUUCAGACAGACUAGACUUCAAGACUGUAGAGACAUGUGGCGGAGGACCACUGCCAGCAGCCAUGCCCCUCUUUUCCAGCCUCAUCUCACAGUUGAAAGGCAGGGACUAUUUUGUGCAGUACCGGAGAGACUUUUCUGCAGUGGAUAUUGGGCAGAGUCUGCUGAAAAAGUACAUCAAGCUCGCCCAGGGACCUCUAAAGUCGCAGAACUGGAACUACGCACGCGCAGUUGAACUUGUUGUACAGCUAAAGCGUGGUUGUUAGUAUGAAG